CUGGGAGCGGGGGUUUAUUCCCAUAAACCGGAAAAAAAUUGGGAAUAUUCUGGUUUAAACAACAGGGUUACACUUGGGUUUGGUGGGGAAAGGGUUUAUUGCUGUGUUUCCGCGAGGGAAAUGGUUUAUUUGGCGGUUUUGGGGGAUCUGCCAUGUCCAACCUCCCGCCUCCAGCAGCAGACAGGAAUUGUUUCUACAUCCUGACAGAGGACUGUGCCUAUGGAAGCAAAUACUUCCAAGCUGGGAAUUUGUGUUUCUGCAGCGAGAGGAGCUACCUGCGGAAUUUUUCCGAGGAUGGGCCUCCAGCUUGCUUCCUGAAGGUUGUCAUGCUGGAUGACAGCUCCACGGUCACCAUCAACCUGGAAAUCCUGCAGCCCCUGCGCCAGGAGGCUGCCAGAUUCCUCCUGGCCAUCGGGAGCCACAGCGAGCGCUUGGAAUUUUUCCUGGAGAGGCUGAGCCUGGAAGGAGCUCUCCGAGCCGUGCCGGGUCAAAAUGUCCUGGUGGAGGUGGAGAGGGAAUUUUUCCCGGGAGUUGUACGCUACAUCGGGAGCAUCUACAAGCCCAGCUUGGCUGUGCUGACUCCGGUGUUUUUCGGGGUGGAAUUGCAGGGAGAGGGGGAAAACAGAGGGAGAAGCGACGGGUCCUACCACGGCACCGAGUACUUCAAGUGCAAGAGGAACUGUGGGAUGUUCCUGCCCUUCAGCAAAAUCCAGUUUAUUCCCACAUCAGGCAACGAUUAUGGGAAGCAGAAGCCGGGAAAGCAGGACACGGAGGAGGUGGUUCCCGUGAAAGUGGGAGACGCCGUCAGCUUCCUCGUGGAUGAGAUCCCCACCAAAGGAAUUGCCAUGGCAGUUUACAGGGAAGGGAGCCAGUGGUUCGUGAAGGUUUGCCCGGAAGAAGAAGGAACGACUGACAUUUUCAGGGAAAUCCCCAUGGAGUCUGUUGUGAAGGAGAGCUUGCAAAGUUUUUUCCCAACAUUCAACUCCGACGCGGGCUUUGGGAAACCAAACCCAAUGAAACGAGAGAUCAGCGAGAGCAGCGAGGAGGGGGAAGGUGGGAAUUCACCCCUGGAAGUGAAUUCCAUGGUCCAGAUUACCUUGGACAAAGGGAAUCAAGUUUCAGGAAUCAUCCGCUGGCUGGGCUUCCUGCCCCAAAUCAAGGACAAAAUGGCUGGAGUUGAGCUGGAUGAAGACAAGGGGGUCACAGCUGGAGAGUGGCUGGGCAAGUCCUACUUCCACUGCGCCCCGAAGCGCGGCCUCUUCGUGAGGCUGAAUUCCUGCCAGCCCGACGUGCGCUUCCAGAGCUUUCCCAGCUCUGACCUCUCCCUCGGGGAUUACAGAGGACAAGAAGUUCUUCCAGAGGGUCCAGAGAGUUUUCCUCCCCUCAGGAAUGAGGCAGCAGUCCGUGUUCUCCAAGGGCGGAUGAAGGGCAUCCAAGGCCAUUGUAAUUCCUGCUACAUGGAUGCAGCUCUCUUCAGCCUCUUCUCCUGUACCUCCGUGCUGGACUCCAUGCUCUUCAUGCCCUUCCCACUGUGUGACAGGAAUGUCCAGGGAAUUCUGCGGGAUGAGAUUGUCAAUCCCCUCCGUAGGACUGGCUUUGUCAGGGCCAGCAGUGUGAUGCACCUCCGGGAGCAGCUCACGGACAAGGGCCAGUGCUCCAGCUUUACCAACGCUGAGAAAGAUCCUGAGGAGUUCCUCAAUCUCAUAAUGCAGCAGAUCCUGGGAAUUGAGCCACUAUUGAAACUCCAGUCAGGAGGCCAGAAGGAGCAGGAAUGUUACUGCUACCAGAUAUUUAUGGAUAAACAGGAGGACUUGGUGGUUCCUGACGUGCAGCAGUUGGUGGAACGCUCCUUUCUCUCUUCAGACCUGAAGCUGGUGGAGAUCCCAUCUUGCUUCAUUAUCCAAAUGCCACGUUUUGGGAAGGAAUAUAAAAUGUUCAGCAAAAUCAUCCCUUCUUUGGAGCUGGAUAUAACAGAUCUGCUGCUGGACAGUCCCAGGGAAUGCUGCCUGUGUGGAGAUGUUGCCACUCUGGAAUGCUCGGAGUGCUUCAAGGACAAGGUGUUCGCGGCCAGGGGCCUGAAGCAGUUCUGCAGCUCCUGCUCCAGACAGGUUCACUCCCAUCGCCGCCGCAAGGCACACAAACCCAGGAGGCUGCACAUUCCAGAGGAAUUCCAGAGCUGGAGCGCCCGGGGCUGCCAGCAGGUGCCACGGGAGAAGCUGGAGCUGUUUGCAGUGCUCUGCAUCGAGACCAGUCACUACGUGUCCUUCGUGAAGUACGGCCCUGCCAACGAGCACUGGAUGUUCUUCGACAGCAUGGCCGACCGGCACGGUGGUGAAAACGGCUUCAACAUCCCCACGGUGACGCUGUGCCCGGAAGUUGCCAAAUACCUGGACUUGCCCCUGGCUGUGCUGGCCCUGGAGCAGCCUCGGGACAUGGAUGGGGUGGCCAAACGCCUCUUUUGUGACGCCUACAUGUACCUGUACCAGAGCAGGAAAAUGGCACUUUACAAGUGACACCGUCAGGAAUGGGAGCUUGGAUCAUCCCAGAAGGAUGGGACUGGAAGCAGACGAGUCUGGGUGCUCUGAGCUGCCUCUUCUCACCUCUCUUGGUGUCAAAUUAUCCAAGACAGGCUGGGUUUGUUAAAUCCUGGCUUUAUCCAGUGGUGGUUGGUUGUUGGGCACAGCUGGACGUGGAGUUAUGGAUGCUCAAAUUCGUUCUCAUUCCCCACAUUCCACAAUUUUCCCUCUCUGGGUACUCAGCAGCUGGAGCAUCCCCACAUCCCUGUUUCCCUGCCAUCCUUUCCCUCCAAAGCUGGGGACCAGCAGAGAUCAAAACACAAGGAAUUAUCCACAGGUUUACCAAGAAACCACAACCUUUCCCAAGACAUCCUUACCUGGAUUUGUGGAGUGAGAAAAAUCAGGUCAGGGUCCAUUUUCCUCACCUGUGCCCCUCAAUUCCCUGCACUUCCCUUAUCCAGCACAAACUUUUUUUUUUUUUUUUUGGUUUUACCCACCAUCCCUAAUUUCCAGUCACAGAGAUCCUGAGCUGAAGCUAUGCUUUAAAAACAGAUAUUUUUUCCAAGAACAAAACUGGAAGGAGGAUGGGAGCAGAGGAGCAACAUCUGGGCCUCCUGCUGCUUCCUCUUCUUGGCAAAAUCUGCACAGGAUUCAGUGUUACAUCCUCACUUUUAGCACUUUCUGUCCCAUCUUUGCAUCCACUUCCAAAUCUGCACAGGAUUCAGAGUUACAUCCUCACUUUUAGCACUUUCUGUCCCAUCUUUGCAUCCACUUCCAGGUUCUGGGGUCAAAGACCAGAAUUCCAAGGGCAAAAAUAGGAAAAAAAAAAAAAAAAAAGCACUCUGGGGUUUUCUGCAGGAGGGUUUAGGGUUUGGGUGGGAACUAGUGUUCCUUAAGUUAAAUAAAUUUGUAAACUUGGGGGUUCUCUGCUAUUAAAGUGGGAAGCUGAAUCAGUGGGAUGCCCAAAUUCCACAAAAACCUCAAGGAGAGCAGCCAGGAGUCCCAGAUGUGCAGGUUUAACCCUGUUCCUGCUUUUUUUCCUCCCUCUUUAAUCCAGAGUGGAGUAAUUUUAACAAAGCCUGGAUAUUUGGAUCGGUCCUGGUGGCUUGGGAUGCGUGAUUUGGGAUCUUUCCAGCAUUCCAAGAGUUGCCAGCAGGUCCUGGAGGGAUUCUUUCCCUCUUCUCGGCUCUGAUAGGUCACACCUGGAAUACUGGGUCCAGUUUGGAGCUCCCCAGUAGGUGAGAGACAAAAUCCAAGGAAAAACCACAGAGAUGAUGAAGAGACUGGAGCAUCUCCUAUGAGGAGAGGCUGAGGGAGCUGGAAUUGCCCAGCCUGGAGAAGAAAAGGCUCAGGAAAUCUCCUCAAUAUCCAUAAAUACCUGAGGAGAAAGUGCAGAGACAUCCAGGAACUUCUCUGCCCACCAAAAUGGUUCCUAAACAUCAGGAAUUGCAUCUUAUCCGUGAGGGUGACAAAUGCUGGCACAGGUCACUCUCCUUGUUCCACAUUUCUCCUCUCCCAAAAACCCAGGAAAAUCUCUACUCAGGUACUAUGGACUCCUUAUCUUUGGUGCUUUGCUUAAAAGAAAAAAAAAAAAUUUAAUUUUUAGCAAAC